AUGCCCUCGUCAGCGCUCUCUCUUCUGACACUCCCACCAUCCACUUCUACAUCCAACAGAGGAACCACUGCUACAUUUUCCCGCAAGGGACCUCUGAUCGUGUAUGGAACUGAAGGCGCGAAGGCCGUUAAGGCUUUCAGGAACAAUCCCGGCGUGGAGGUCGCAAAUUUGGAGAGGCUGAACCUUCUGAAGCUCGCUCCCAGUGGCCACCUCGGCAGGUUCGUGAUUUGGACCAAGUCAGCGUUCGAGAAACUCAAUUCGAUCUAUAGAACCUUCCAGAAGGCAUCAGAGAAGAAGAAGGGUUACAUUCUUUCAAGGUCAAAGAUGGUGAAUGCUAACCUGGCUAGGAUUAUUAACUCUAAUGAGGUUCAGUCUGUUGUGAGGCCCAUUAAGAAGGAGAUCAAGAGGGCCACUCUCAAGAAAAACCCUCUCAAGAAUUUGAAUGUGAUGCUGAGGUUGAAUCCUUAUGCUAAGGCUGCUAAGAGAAUGGCCCUUCUCGCUGAGGCACAGCGUGUUAAGACUAAGAAGGAGAAGCUCGACAAGAAGUGCAGCACUAUUUCCAAGUUAUUGAAAUUGCUGAUUGUAGUUGAAAAGCUUGAUUCGCCUAAUUCUGCGAAGCGAAAAAAGUUGAGUGUUUCAUGGAUCAGAACCGAAGUUCUGAUACGAUACCAUUUAAGUUGGCUACAAGAUGUUACAAGGUUGAUAUUUAUAGUAGCUGAAAUAAGUGUAGAGAAUGUGAUGCAAUAUGCAUCUUUGGCUACCUAUGUCAAGAUAUUGAUUGUGAAUUUGUGA